UGGAGCUCAUGUGAUGGAGGCGCUGCUGAGGAGGAACUGGACUCAACUCAGCUGAACACAGCCAGUCAUAACAUGCCAGCACUCGCAGCUAAAUAGAAACUAAACGCGCUGUGAGACUCCUGAUAACGCUGGGUUUCUGUACUCUACACUUUUAAACCCAGAUGGUAGCGACAUGGCAGCAAAAAUAUGGAUAAUCCUGGCCGCGGUUCUGCUUUGCUACAAGGGCGAAUGCCAAGAGGCGGUUCUGCACGUUUCUAAUGGAGCUCUUCAUAAGGAUUACUGUCUUGUGUACAAUUCAUCGUGGUCCAACAUCUCCGACUCUCUCAGCGAUGCUGUGAAGUACGAGCUGGUGAAUCUGACCUCCAGCCUGCUGUGUAAUGAGGGGGAGGUGAGGCCUCAGAAGGGAAAGGCCCUGGCCGUAAUGAGAGGAACGUGCGCUUUCAGUCAGAAAGCUGAAGUGGCUCAGAAACUCGGAGCGGCUGUCCUGCUCAUCACCAGCGAGGAAGACAUGCCAACGCCAUCAGCCAAUGAUUCAGAAUAUGGGAAAGUGAAGAUUCCACUGGCCUUGAUGAGAUACAGCGACUUCCUUGAUGCCCAAAAGGUGUUUCCAGAUAAGAUGGAGGUGCAGCUGUUUGCUCCGCCCAUUCCUCCGUUUGAUGUGAGCAUCAUCGUCAUGCUCGCCCUUGCGGUGUUCACUGUCGGCAUGGGCGGCUUCUGGAGCGGAGCCAUGGAGAGGGCGAAGCAGAACACUGGGCUGGCUCUGUCUGGAGGUGAGGAGAGAGGUGAUAGCGGUGAUGUGACACUGUACUCUCCGCUGAAGGUGCUGCUGUUCGUGGUGCUAAUGUGCGGGAUGCUUGUGCUCAUGUAUUUUUUCUACAAGUGGCUUGUGUAUGUGAUCAUCGUGAUCUUCUGCCUGGCCUCGGCUUCAGCGCUCUACAGCUGCCUCGACGCCCUUGCAAACGCAGUGGGAUGCAGCAAACUCAAUGUGUUGUGUGGAGAAAGGAGCUGCUCGGUGCGUUCGCUGCUGCUGGCGGCUGUGUGUAUCACUCUUGCAGUGGUGUGGGGUGUGUACCGCAACGAGGACAGGUGGAUCUGGAUCCUGCAGGAUCUGCUGGGUGUAGCUUUCUGUCUGCACUUCAUGAAGACCAUCACACUCUCCAACUACAAGAUCUGUGUAUUCCUGCUCAGCCUCCUGCUGAUUUACGAUGUUUUCUUCGUCUUCAUCACACCAUUCCUCACACCUAAUGGAGAGAGCAUCAUGGUGCAGGUAGCACUUGGUCCGGGUGCACGAGGAGAGAAGGGCGGUGGUAGUGAGAUUCCGGCCGACCCCUCACCAUCCUACGAGAAAUUGCCAGUGGUGAUGCGCGUCCCGCGGUUCUCGGCCUGGGCACAGAACCUGUGUGUGAUGCAGUUCUCCAUCCUUGGCUAUGGUGACAUCAUCGUUCCAGGCCUGUUGGUGGCGUACUGCCACAGAUUUGAUGUUUGGAUCGGUUCCAACAGGAUCUACUUCAUCUCCUGCACCAUCGCAUACUGUGUAGGUCUGGCAGUGACAUUUGUGGUGAUGCUGUUGUCCAGAAUGGGUCAGCCAGCUCUGCUGUAUCUGGUGCCGUUCACUCUGAUCACCAGUGCUGUUGUCGCUUUGAGCCGCAAAGAGUUCAGACAGUUCUGGGCUGGGACCACGUACCAGGUGUUGGACUCGUCCCGGGAGCCUUUAUUACCAGAUGGAGAGGCUGCAUAUCCCGGGGCAGUGAAGAAAUGCUGAUUUUUGGAUCUUUCUUUGUUUUUUAUUUUUUAAGAAUCUGACAGAGGGAGUGAUGGACCGCCAUUUAUUCAUGAAGAUUUGAGGGAAGCCUUUAAAGCGAAAAUUAUACUCAGCCACCCCAACACUGGAGCUAUGAGGCUAAUGUGGCUAACAAGUAAUGAAAGCUUAUACCCCACCAAUUAGCACGUCGCCAACUGUGUAUAAGCCUCCAUUACCAAUUAGCUAGCAAAUUAUCGCUUUAUUGUUGAGGCUUCUGAGUGUGUGUGUGUGUGUGUGAGGGUUAAUCACCGGAGCAGCAGGUGUGUGUGUGUGUGAGUUUGCUUAAACUGAUGAAGGGUGACACUUGAGCUGCUCCUGAUUAAUAAUGAUGAAACUGAUAUUAAUAAUGAAAUUUAUAAUAAUGAGCACUUUAUUUUCAGAGUAACUCCUCAAGCAUGUUUUUAGGGGCAUUCUGACACAUAGGAGUUUACUGUACAGCAAGGUGAUCUCCAUAAAAGCCUUAAUUUCUCACAAGAUCAGCCCAAAGUCACUUAUUUCCUUUUUAGAUGAUCAUUUUGAGCCAUGAUAUUUCUGUAUUUGUAACAUUUGACACAAUCACUUUUUCAUCAACGGUUCUGUUCUUUAAAUGUCUUUAAUUAAAAGUGGAGAAAAUUAAAAUUGAAUUUUAUCUUUGAA